CUUAUCUUGAAGGUUGGGAAACGAGAACAUAUAAUGCGUCAAAAACUUUAUCCAGGUAACUGGAGAGGCUGGAAAUGGAGCGUUAAUCGAGUCCUGUGAAGAGCAGCUAAAAAGCAUUUAAAAGCGAGUGAACCUUCCAGAGUAAGCAAAGGACUGAGGAGAGACUGUUCCAUCUCACUUGAUAGAUCCACUUUCUGCUAAAUGUAGAUGUGCUGAAGAUUUCAUUCCUCCCCAUCCCUUCUACCUCGUUUUAUGCAUUUUGGUCGGCCAUGGCUGGGGAACUCUGUAUACUGCUCCUUUUAUUGCUCUGUGAGAGAACAAUUUCCGAAGUGCAGCCUUUACACCAACCGCCUUCUGAAACUUUGGAUUUUGGGUUUGUUCCUGCAAAGACCUAUGAUACCAGUGCGUACCACGAACCUGGAGCGAUAGGGGUUUUGUUUCGAAUAGUUCACGCUUUCCUCUAUUUAGUGCAACCAAAUUAUUUUCCUCAAGAUCUUAUAAAAAAACUAGUACAGCAAACAUUUGGAAGUAAGCCAGGCGAUUAUCAAAAGGCGGUUUACUAUGAAAUCGGUUUUAUAGUCGCUGCUGCUCUGGGAAUACUCUUUGUUCUGCUGCUGCCUCUAGUGGGGUUUUGCUUCUGCAUGUGUCGUUGCUGUGAGAACUGCGGUGGGGAAAUGCACCAAAGACAGAAGAAAAAUGCUGACUGUCAGAGGGGCUGCUUUGCCACAGUUCUUUUUGUCGCUGCUUUAAUAAUCAGUGUUGGUGUGCUUUUUGCUUAUGCCGCUAACCAGCACCUCACAAGUCAAGUCAGAGGAGCAAGGAAGCUGAUGAACAGUAAUUUCAAAGACCUGAGAAUUUUCCUGAAUGAUACUCCUGGGCAAAUUGAUUAUUUGGUGAGUCACUAUAACACCACCAAGAAAAAAGCACUUUCUGAUCUUAAUAAUGUUGGGCCACUCCUUGGCAACAAAGUCCAGGAACAGCUGGGAAAGCAGGUGCGCCCUGCGCUCGAUGCAGCCCUAACCAUGGCAGGAGCUAUUAGAGAAACAAAGGAGGCAUUGGAGAAUGUGAGUGUAUCUGUGGAAGUCUUGCAGGAAGGCACUGAGAGGCUGCAUGCUAACCUGACAGAAGUGAAAGGACACCUGAUAAACACACUGAAUGAUUCGGCAUGCACAGCUGCCCAGGCUGCAUCCACUUGCAGUGUCAUCAGGAAUUCCUUACAUCAACUAAGCAUCAAUGCCAAUUUCAGCAGGUUGCCAGGAGUGAGCACUCAACUUGCCAAAGUCAAUGAAGUCCUUAAAAUAGACCUCUCUAGUCUGGUUCAAAAGGGUUAUGCAGCAUUUAACGAUACUCCUGAUUUGGUGCUCAAUCAAACGAGGAACAUUUUAUCAGAUAUAAAAAAUGUACUGGAAGGUGUUGGUUCAAAUAUCACAGCCUUUACUAAAAUGCUUCCCAUCCAGAAGGUACUAGCAGACUUCACUGUAUAUCUUACUCAGAGUGAGGCGUACGUUCAAGAUUAUUUUCCAUUAGUGGAACAGUAUGAUUUCUACAGGUGGCUGGGUUGCUUAAUUCUCUGCUGCAUGGUGAUAUUGAUCCUUGUAUUUUACUAUUUGGGACUGUUAUGUGGUACCUGCGGUUAUGACAAAAAUGCCACUCCGACAACAAGAGGCUGCAUCUCGAACACUGGAGGAAAUUUCCUGAUGGCUGGAGUUGGAUUCAGUUUCCUCUUCUCCUGGGCUCUGAUGCUAAUAGUAGUGGCCACUUUCAUUAUGGGUGGAAAUGUGGAGAAACUCAUCUGUGAGCCAUUUGAAGACAAGACUUUAUUCAAGGUCCUGGACACUCCCUACUUGCUGAAUCACCACUGGAAACAUUAUCUUUCUGGCAUAAUUUUAAAAAAUCCAGAUAUUGACUUGACAUUUGAAAAGGUUUACAGUGACUGCAAGGAAAACAAAGGCAUUUAUACCACACUUCAUCUAGAAAACCUCUUCAAUAUCCAUGAAAUUCUGAAUGUUAGCAUGUACGCAGAAGACGUAUCUCUUAAAAUCAAGCACAUUAAUGUUAAUCUAAGCAAUAUAGUUUUGCUGGAUGAAAUUGGAAAGGAAAAUCUGAUGAAUUUCAGUUCUUCGGGAAUAAAUGAGAUAAACUUUUCAGCAUACCUGUCAGAGAUCAAUAAGAGUGUUACCAAAGUGGAUCUCUUGUCCUUUGCUAAUGAUUUGGAAGCAAGAGCAGACCAACUGCCAAAAGGAGCAUUAGAAAACGCCUUAAAAGGACAUGCAAACAAUAUUCGAUUGAUACAUAACCAACAAGUUGUCCCAUUGGAGCAAGCAAUGAGCACUUUAAACCUAAGCAUAAGGUUACUACAGAAAACAUCAUCAGAACUUUCGGGGAAAGUGAAAAAUGUGAUUAGUGCUGUUGAUUCUGCUCAACUUCUUAUAAACAAUAAUGCAUCAUUAGUUGUUGUCCAGGAAACUAAAAAGUACAUGGACACUAUAUUGGGUUACUUUGAGCAGUAUGCUGCAUGGGUCAAGGAAUCGAUUACCAUGGAAGUGGCAGCAUGUAAGCCCAUUGCCAAUGUGAUCGAUACAGCUGUAGAUAUAUUUCUGUGCAGCUAUGUAACAGAUUCUUUGAACGCCUUCUGGUUUGGUUUGGGAGGCUGUUCGGUAUUUCUAAUCCCUGCCAUCAUUUGUGCUAUAAAACUAGCCAAAUUCUACCGUAGGAUGGAUACAGAAGACGUGUAUGAUGAUUUGGAAAAUGGUAAUAAUGGUUAUCAUAAAGAGCAUUUAUAUGGUAUACACAAUCCAAGUAUGACAAGCUCUGUGGAACAGUGGUAGUGCAUACUGGAAAUGGUAUGGCCUCUGGAAAUAGUACUUCUAAUGCUCCUGUGGGAAAACACAACAUCUUUCCAAUCCGUGUUGAGUUCUGAAUCCUGAACCGUCUUGUUUGGGACCUGGACAGUAAAUUGAUUUUGAAUGAAAAGAGAACUACUGGAUCUUAUGCCAUAAAAUGCAGGCAGGCUAUUGAUGACCAGGUCACAUCUAUUACUUCCUAUUCAGUACCAUUAAAACCUGGACAUAGUGGUUUCCAUUUUUGGUUUCUAAUAUCACUUUUUCCAGUGGGUUUCCUAUCUUGUAUCACAUUAAUUAAAUUAAAUUGGGUUGUCUGGGUUUUGUGUUCACUCUGG